GCAGGGCCUCAGCGCCAGGUUUGGGUCACCCGGGAGCUGCGCCCAAAAUCCCCAGGACCUACUCCUCAGGGUUCAGGAGGGGGCACAAGCAUGGAGCGGCUUCGGGGUCUACUCCAGAGAGCGCAACAGCUGUCCCCACAACGCUCUCAGACCAUCUAUAAGCGUGUGGAAGGCCCCCAUCAAGGGCACCUGGAGGAGGAAGAGGAAGACAGGGAGGAGGGGACAGAGCCGCCAGUCCACUUCUCCCCCAUGGAGCUGAAGGGCCCUGAGCCCCUGGGCUCUACAGCCGGCCUGCCAAACCUCACACCCUGGGCCGCAGCAGGUCGAAGGGCCGCCCCCUACCUGGUCCUGACUGCCCUCCUGAUCUUCACUGGGGCCUUCCUUCUGGGCUACGUGGCCUUCCGAAGGUCCUGUCAAGCUUGCGGGGACUCUGUGUUGGUGGUCAGUGAGGACGUCAAUUAUGAGCUGGGCCUGGACUCCCACCAGGGCACAUUGUACUGGAGUGACCUCCAGGCCAUGUUCCUGCGACUCCUGGGGGAGGGGCGCCUGGAAGACAACAUCAGGGAAACCAGCCUUCGCCCGCGGGUGGCCGGCUCACCCGGGAUGGCUGCCCUGGCCCAGGACGUCGUCGCCGCACUCUCCCGCCAGAAGCUGGACCACGUGUGGACGGACACGCACUACGUGGGGCUGCAGUUCCCCGACCCGGCUCGCCCCAACACGCUGCGCUGGGUCGAUGCGACCGGGAGGGCCGGGGAGCCGCUGCCGCUGGAGGACCCCGACGCCUACUGCCCCUACAGCGCCACCGGCAACGCCACGGGAAAGCUGGUGUACGCCCACUACGGGCGACCGGAAGACCUGCAGGGCCUGCGGGCCAGGGGCGUGGAGCCGGCCGGCUGCCUCCUGCUGGUGCGUGUCGGGGUGACCAGCUUUGCCCAGAAGGUGGCCAGUGCCCAGGACUUUGGGGCCAAAGGAGUGCUCAUAUACCCUGACCCAGCCGACUUCUCCCAAGACCCACACAAGCCAGGCCUGUCCAACCACCGGGCUGUAUAUGGACAUGUGCACCUGGGAACGGGGGACCCCUAUACGCCUGGCUUCCCUUCCUUCAACCAAACCCAGUUCCCGCCAGUGGCAUCCUCUGGCCUCCCUGGCAUCCCUGCUCAGCCCAUCAGUGCAGACAUCGCCUUCCGCCUGCUGAGGAAGCUUAAAGGCCCUGUGGCCCCUCAGGAAUGGCAGGGGCGCCUCCCAGGCUCCCCUUAUCGCCUGGGCCCUGGGCCAGGCCUGCGCCUAGAGGUCAACAACCAUAGAACCUCCACUCCCAUCAGCAACAUCUUUGGCUGCAUUGAAGGUCUGGCAGAGCCAGAUCACUACGUUGUCAUUGGGGCCCAGAGGGAUGCAUGGGGCCCAGGAGCAGCCAAGUCUGCGGUGGGGACCGCCAUACUGCUGGAGCUGGUGCGGACCUUUUCCUCCAUGGUGAGCAAUGGCUUCCAACCGCGCAGAAGUCUUCUUUUCAUCAGUUGGGACGGAGGCGACUUCGGGAGUGUGGGCUCCACAGAGUGGUUGGAGGGCUACCUCAGUGUGCUGCACCUCAAAGCUGUAGCCUACGUGAGCCUGGAUAACGCGGUGCUGGGGGACGACAAGUUCCAUGCCAAGACCAGCCCACUGUUGAUCAGCCUCAUCGAGAACAUCCUGAAGCAGGUGGACUCUCCUAACCACAGCGGGCAGACUCUCUAUGAGCAGGUGGUGUUCACCAAUCCCAGCUGGGAUGCCGAGGUGAUCCGGCCCCUGCCCAUGGACAGCAGCGCCUAUUCCUUCACGGCCUUUGCCGGGGUCCCUGCGGUGGAGUUCUCCUUCUUGGAGGAGGAUCCCGCGUACCCAUUCCUGCACACGAAGGAAGACACAUAUGAGAACCUGCACAAGAUGCUGCAAGGACGACUGCCCGCCGUGGCCCAGGCUGUGGCCCAGUUGGCUGGGCAGCUCCUCAUCCGGCUGAGCCACGACCACCUGCUGCCUUUCGACUUCGGCCGCUAUGGGGACGUGGUCCUCCGGCACAUCGGCAGCCUCAACGAAUUCUCUGGGGACCUCAAGGCCCGCGGGCUGACCCUGCAGUGGGUGUACUCCGCGCGGGGAGACUACAUCCGGGCGGCCGAGAAGCUGCGGAAGGAGAUCUACAGCUCGGAGGAGAGAGACGAGAGGCUGAUGCGCAUGUACAACGUGCGCAUCAUGCGGGUGGAGUAUUACUUGCUGUCCCAGUACGUGUCACCGGCUGACUUUCCCUUCCGACACAUCUUCCUGGGCCGUGGAGACCACACGCUGGGAGCCCUGCUCGACCACCUGCAGCUGCUGCGCUCUAACAACUCUGGGGCCUCCCCCAAGUGGUCCCAGGCACUGGGCUUCCAGGAGAGCCGCUUCCGGCGCCAGCUGGCCCUGCUCACCUGGACGUUACAGGGGGCGGCCAACGCGCUUGGCGGAGACGUCUGGAACAUCGAUAACAACUUCUGAGCCCCGCGCUGGACCCCACCGGGCCCUGACCCCUGCUGAGAACUCUUUGUCUCCCUGCUCGAGGGGUGCAGGGUGAAGGAGGUGACCCAAGCACCUCUCAGUGUGACCGAUUUCUCACUAACCCUCUGAUCCGUCCACUGGGCUCUGUGCAGACACCACACACCCCUGGUCCUGCAGUGCAGAUGGGCAGUGCAUCCAUAAUGUGACGCAAGCAGCAGCCCUUGGGCCAAUCACAGCCCCUUUCCAUUUCAGGCACAGGAACCCCAAUACCCAGAACCCACUCUGAGAGCUUUGCUAGGCUCUGAGACCUGGCCAGUUCCCUGAAUGGGAGAGACAGCUGGCACUGCAGCCUUAGGGCCAACAAGUGCUCUGUGGUGAGAGGGGCACUGGGUUUGGAUGGCAAUAAACCACCUGGUUAUGUGUUAUUCAUAA